AUGUCGCCGAAAAAGGCCAUCUUGGUGGGCAUCUCGGGCUGCUCAUCCAGCGGCAAGACGACGCUUGCCCGGCUGAUCCGCGAUAUAUUCCCAAACACUUUCAUCCUGCACGAGGACGACUUUUAUAAGCCCGAAUCAGAGCUACCAAAGAGGGCAGGCCAUGCAGACUGGGACUGCGUCGAGUCCCUCAAUAUUGGCCACAUGGAAAAGUCGUUGACAUAUAUCAGAGAGAAUGGCAAAUUUCCUCCAGACCUAAACUCUAUAGAAGAUCAAAACGCCGUCGGGAAAUGCCCAGUCUCAGACGCCAAGAUCCAAGAGCUCAAAGCAAAAGUGGAAGAAUGGUCAAAGCCUGACGGCCCAGGCCAUGGGCUACUGGUUCCUGGCGACUUGGGUCUUUGCAUUCUAGAUGGUUUCCUACUGUACACCCCUCCCCUCAAGCACAUCAUGUCCCUCCUCGACCUCAAGUUCUUCCUGCUCGUGUCUCGUGACACCGCCAUCCGCCGUCGUGAGGCCCGCAUCGGCUAUGUGACGGUCGAGGGCUUCUGGGCCGACCCCGAGGGCUACGCAACCGACGUCGUCUGGCCAAACUACGCCGAGUCGCACGCCUGGCUGUUCAAGGACGGCGACGUCGAGGGCGAGCUGGACGCCGAUGCAGUGCGUGAAAAUCGCAUACUGGUGCAGGCGGAUCGCGGCACCGACGUCGACAUGGAGAUUACGCUGGAGUGGGUGGUUGGGGAGUUGAUGAGGGAGCUGCCGAGGGUUGCAGCGAGGCCUGGCCUGGUCCCAAUCCCUGAUCUUCUGCCCGACGUCUUACUGGGACAUAUAUACCCGGCUAUAGGAAAGACCUUGGUAUUCAGGGCACCCGAAACAACCGAGCACAUACGACCAUACCCAUUGGAAUAUACGGGAUCCCGUCCGCUCUCCCCUAGUCAAACCAGUGAGGGCCGAACUAGUACUCAGGUGGGUGACCACUGGGGAAUCCUCGGUGUU